CCCAACCCUUUCCCUAAACACCACUUCGCAACCCAAAAUUUACACUUCUUCUGCUACUGCUACUGCCGCUGCCAUUUCUGCUUUCAAGAUAUGGGUAAGCUUCCUUCUUCUUUUAUUCUUUGUUCGGUUGUUAAUGCUGGAAGCCAUCUUUCUAAUUUCCACUCUUUUUCUUCUUCUUCUUCUUCUAACACCAUUGCUACCCACAUCGAAUGCCUAAGUAAGAAACUCAUGUCCAUGCCUGUUAGAGGAAAGGGAAAAAGAGACCACCGCUUCGAUAUUGUUGAUCAUGCUUUGAUUUUGUUCAAUAAUUUGAUUGAAAAGUACCCAAAGCCUUCAAUUGUGGAAUUCAAUAAAUUAUUAGGAGCCAUUGUUAAGACGAAACAUUAUGCCAUUGUUGUUUCUAAGUAUAGACAGAUCGAAUUAUUGGGAGUUUCCCAUAAUGUUUAUUCUAUGAACAUCUUGAUUAAUUGCUUUUGUCAAUUAGGUCGAAUUGAUUUUGGGUUUUCUGUUUUGGGGAAAAUGCUGAAGUUAGGUGUUGAGCCUAGUGCUGUAACUUUUUCAACUUUGAUAAAUGGGCUUUGUAAUCAAAGUAAGAUUUCUGAGGCCUUUUGUAUGUUCGAUGAAAUGACUGAAAAAGGGUAUCAACCUAAUUUGAUUGUUUACAGUACAGUACUUAAGGGGUUGUCUAAGACUGGCAAUACUGAUAGAGCUGUUAGGUUUCUAAGGUUGAUGGAAGGCAGAGGUUAUGAACCCAAUAUUGUAGCAUAUAGCACUGUCAUUGACUGUCUUUGUAAGAACGGGUUGUUAAAGGAGGCUCUCGAUCUCUUCUCUGAAGUGAAGGUUAAAGGCAUUAGACCAAAUAUCAUUACUUAUAACUGCUUAAUUCAUGGUAUGUGUAAUUUGGGCCAGCAGGAGGAGGCAACAAGGCUUUUGAAUGAAAUGGUUGAUAACAAUAUUUCAAUUAAUAUCGACACUUAUAAUAUAUUGAUUGAUACACAUUGCAAGGAAGGAAUGAUUUCUAAAGCUGUAGAGACCAUUGAUAUGAUGAGAAAGCAAUGUAUUGAGCCCAAUGUUGUCACGUAUAAUACAUUGGUUGAUGCACAUUGCAAGGAAGGGAUGGUUUUUGAAGCCGAGGAUAUCAUUGACGCAAUGAUAAAGAGAGGCAUUGAGCCUGAUGUUGUUACCUAUAAUGCAUUAAUCAACGGCCAUUUCUUGCAGAAUGAAAUGGAUAAAGCUAGAAGAGUUUUCAACUUGAUGAUUGAGAAGGGUUGUGAGCCUGAUAUAGUUACUUACAGCACCAUGAUCAAUGGAUAUUGCAAAGGUAAAAGGUUAGACGAAGCAAUGGAACUCUUUCAUGAAAUAUCUCUAAAGGGACCAAUCCCGGAUACUGUCACAUAUAGCACUCUUUUGCAAAGUAUGUUUCAGUUAGGGAGAGUUUCAACUGCAUGUGAACUGUUUAGAAAGAUGCUUGCUUCUGGACAAGUUCCAGAUUUAGUGACUUGUUCGAUUUUGCUGAAUGGUUUAGGCAAAACAGGUGAUAUUGAGGAGGCAUUGAAACUUUUUCAAGCAAUGCGAAACAGUGGGUUGGAACUUGAUAUUGUCCUGUAUACUAUCCUAAUUGAUGGGUUGUGCAAAGCUGGGCAUAUCGAAUUUGCCAAGGAAUUAUUUCAUCAAGUCUCAGACAAUGGUUUAAAACCGGAUGUUUACACAUAUUGUAUAAUGAUUAAUGGACUGUGUAAAGAGGGAUUGCCAGAUGAAGCAUACAGGUUGUUUGGGAGCAUGGGAGAUAAUGACUGUUUGCCUGAUAGCUGCUGUUAUAAUGUAAUGAUUCGGGGGUUCCUUUGCAACAGCUAUACCUCAAAGGCAACACAACUUCUUACGGAAAUGGUUGGUAAGGGCUUUUCUGCAGAUAUAAUCACUGCCACCUUGUUUAUGGAUCUUAUCAUACACUCUAAUAAAUCAAUCUUGCUCUGAAAUAUUUCACAAAUUGUGGAAAGAUCAUCACUUGCAAUGUGAAUCAGUUGUACAUAACCAUUGCACAGUUGUGGAAACUAGAAUGAGGUUUAGUGUCUAUUUUCAAUAUUGUUGAUUUUGUUCUGACUUGUGUAGCUUGUUGAUCUUGAUCUUAGCACCUUCUUGAUCUUUUUGGUGGUAAUGUUAAGAAAUUAGGGGAAAACCAAUAUUGCUUGUGAAUUUUAAAGCAGGCUCAUUUGUAUGAGCAACGAAACAUGAGUUGAGAAUAAAAGGAAUUGAAAUAAAUAUUAAGGUGAUUUAAUGGCAUUGA